GUUAUUACAAAAAGCUAACAAAAUUGAUAAAAAGUUUAAAGAUUUAUAUUUGCUUAAAAAGGCAAAUUCUUUUCAUGAUGAAAGAAAAUUUAUUGAAAAAUGGAAUAUCUUAGCAAAAUUAAGUGAAAGUAAGACAGAAUAUAAUUUUGAUGCCAAAUUUUGGAUGGCAACAAGCCUUUCAAUGAGGUUAGAUAUCAAUAAAGAUGAAGAAUGUGCUUAUAAUUACUUUAAGGAAGUUAGUAAUUACUUUAAUCACAACUUAGAAAAGAAUUAUUUUUAUGAUAGAGUAGAAGAUCGUCGUUUAUGUAUUGAGUUUGAUUCUGACAUGAAACCAAAACUUACAAUCAUUGUGAUUAACAAUCAUGUGUGGGAUUGGUAUUGA